AUGGAGAUCAGAAGGAAGAGUGAGGUUGUAGAGAAAGACCCGUUUCUAGAUAAAUUUACAGUAACCGGAAGAGCAUUUGAAAAAGACGAAGAUGAUCAUUUUGAAUGUUCUAAAUUAUUUACGAAAAAAUUUUGGAAGGAGCUGGUUUUUGACCCUGCUGAUUUCCCAUAUUACUAUUGGUCCAUGUUGGCUGCAUCGAUUAUCAUGUACAACAUCGUCUUCAUCAUCCUGAGAAUAACAUUUCAUGAUCAAGUAGAGUCUCCACACACUAUACCCAUCUGGUUUGCCUUCGAUUAUAUCUCCGACUUCUUCUAUCUAUGUGAUAUGUUUGUCAAAAGCAGAAUCGGGUUUCUUGAGAGUGGUCUCUUGGUGAAAGAUGUAGGUCGCCUGACCAACGUAUACUUGAAGUCUUGGAUGUUCAAGGCCGACAUAUUAUCCGUCUUACCAACGGACUUUUUUUAUUUCCUACAACGAAAUACAGCCUUUCGUUUAAACAGAAUUAUUAAAAUUUGGAGAAUGAUGGAAUUUUUUCGCUUGGCUCAGACUCAUACAAACUUUCCCAAUCUUUUUGGUGUUGCUCGUUUGAUUUUAUACAUUAUCAUCAUUAUACACUGGAACGCCUGUUUUUACUUCUCAAUAAGCCGUUAUCUUGGGUUCGGAAGUGAUGGUUGGGUUUACCCCGAUCCAACCACCGAAGAUUACGGAAAUUUCUUUAAGCAGUAUGUAACUAGUUUUUAUUGGUCUUGCUUGACGUUGACUACAAUCGGAGACACGGCGUAUCCGGAAACAGUCAUGUCUUAUUGUUUCUGCAUAGUCGAUUCACUGGUUGGUGUGUUGAUUUUUGCUACUAUUUUUGGAAACGUUGGUGCGUUAAUUAACGGAAUGGAUGCCGCAAGAACGGAAUAUCAGGCAAAGGUCGAUUCAGUUAAGAGAUACAUGGAACUAAGAGGUGUUUUCGGAGAACUCCAAGUACGUGUCAUCAAAUGGUUCGAUUACACAUGGAAUAAUAAGCAAUCGUUUGAUGACAAAGAAGUACUAUUUUACCUUCCCGAAAAACUACGCGCCGAAAUUUCGGUUCACGUUCAUUUAGGGACAUUAAGACGAGUUGCGAUUUUCCAGGACAGUGAGCCAGGAUUGCUUGUCGAACUUGUGUUGAAACUUCGUUUACAGGUCUUUAGCCCUGGUGAUUAUAUAUGUCGUAAAGGAGACAUCGGGAAAGACAUGUACAUUGUAAAACGCGGGAAAUUACAGGUUGUGUCAGACGAUGGAAAAGUAAUUUUUGUUACGCUUAGCGAUGGCUCCGUCUUUGGCGAAAUCAGCGUUCUUAAUAUCUCGGGAAACAAGACCGGUAAUCGUCGAACUGCAAGCGUGCGCAGUGUUGGUUAUUCAGAUUUGUUUUGUUUGUCGAAAAGGGAUCUAUGGGAUGCUUUAGAAGAAUACCCAGAAGCCAAGAAGAAUCUGAUGCACAAGGGUCAACAACUUCUUCGUAAAGACAACCUUCUGGAUGAGGAUGCCGCAAGAAAAGAGGAAAGACGUCUACAAAAUCUCGACAAGAGGAUUGAACUGAUACAUGACGCAGUUGAUGAUCUGCAAUGUAAUGUCAAAAGACUUGCUAAACAAAUACAAAAUCAGCAGAACCCAGGUCUUCUACAAGCGAAAUCUAAGUCACGUGUGAUGCUUAAGCCACAAGAUCAACCAAAAGAAGAAUCUAAAGACCCUCCAAAGGCUGCUUCACCAAAAGAGGAUUCUAAGGACCCUCCAAAGGCUGCUUCACCAAAAGAAGAAUCUAAAGACCCUCCAAAAGCUCCUGCUCCGAAGGAGGAAAGCAAAAAAGAACCAGAAGAAAAACCAGAAACCUAAAUCGGAAGAAGCGAAAAAAGAAGACAACGGAGAGUAGAACAUUUCAAAAAGAGUUUCGUAAAAUCAUUGCAAAUCAUAAUUUUCUAGGACUGUCAUUUUCUGUGUUUCAAAUAUACUUGAAUUUAGUAUGCCUGUAAAAAUGGGGGGUUUACACUGUGUUAAGCGAAGUUGAUAUAUGAUUGUUUUGAAUUUAAAUUCAUUAAUCAUAAAUUCGUUAUCAUGAAAUAAUGGCUGUUUUGUUUAAAACGUAUAUUUAUUGAAAUAUCAUAGGAGACUGUCAUACUGAUUAAUAUAAAACCAGUGUAGA